GUUGCGAUGCGCGCGCCAAUUACGAAAUGAGAUGAGGAUGAGAUCAAUAAUGUGAAGAGAAAAGCAAAUCUAGGUUUAGGACUCAUCUCUUUCUCCCAGACGAACUCUACAGUUAGUUCCAACCUGUAUUGGAUUUAUCGAUUCCUUGCUUCCGUCCGACGCGACCGCGAGGGACAUUCAAAUGCAGGGCAGCUUCAAGAUACAACUUAUAAACAUGGGAACCAGGGCAGCGGCCUGUAAGACUAAUAAAUAACGCUUAGCGCUGUAACUUAAUGCCGCCUGCAUGUCCAUUAACGCAUUUCAUUUUUCAGAAUUGGUUCGUAACAGCGGUUUUACGUAGUGAAAGCUUUUUUGUGUUACUAAUGAGCGUGCAGCAAUCCGAUAACAUGCAGCUUAUGUCGGAGCCACUGAAUCAGAAAGUCACUGCAAAGAUCCGAAGUCUGUACGACUGUCAACUACGUUUGAUGCACAAUAUUCAGCCUUUACCAUCGGGCAUUGAUAUUGCUAAUACUGUCAAAUAUUUCUCUCAGACAUUACUCAGUGUUCUGAAGGAUGUACCAAAAUCGCCAUUGGAAAUGAUAAGAGAUGCUGACAACGACGCAGAACGUAUGAAUCUCUACCCCAAUUUGGACUAUAAGGGACUUUUUAAUGCUAUAUCACAGCUUGUAGACUCGGCACCUCACUUGCAGUAUGGCAUUCAAGCAUUCGGUCAAGCGGUGCUCCAAUGCUUGGGAUGUCUGAUGCCGUUCUUGGAGUAUGACAUGAUUGACAAUCUGCCGUACCUCGUGGCGUACUGCGUGGCCGUGCUGCCGGCUUCCCUUCACCAGGAUAUACUGCAUCUGUUGUGCUAUUAUAUAUUGCCGUUUACUAUCACACGUCGGUACGCCGGUAUGGAGGAGGAGAGCGAAGCCUCGCAGUCGGUCGGAGCCGUAAUCAUGAUGGUCUUCCAACACUCAAGCAAUCCAGCACACCACUGCCAGUUGCUGGAGUCAUUGAUGUCUCUGAAGCACUCGGUGGUCAAGGACGUACUAUGCGUAAUCGCGUACGGAACCUGCGGUGCCCGUCUAUCCGCUGCCAAACUUUUGUUCUACUACUGGCCGCCAUUCGACGCGAAACUUUUCGACAGGAAGGGACUUCUCUGCAAAUUCUCCAACGAGCUGGUUCCGUUCCUGUGUCAGCGGGACAUGUGCCCCAACGCGGGCAGCGCGGAGGCAGCUAAAGUCUGCUACGAUCAUUGCAUCAGUGUCACCUUUGCCUCUGACACUCCGCCUCCGCUCUACCUCUGCAUUGAGUGUGCCAACGAGAUACAUCGUGAACAUCCAAAUCAGAGGUUCUUCGAUAUCCUGCAUCCACAACAACAGGUGUCCAUGGUGUGCGAGAAUAAGAACUGCAGGUCGACCGACAAGGCCGCGUACUCCAUUUGCUUCUCAAACGAAUGCGCCAGCUAUAACGGGAACCAUCCAAUACGAUACUGCCAGCAAUGUCACGGCAACCGACACAACAGUCGACGUGGCGGCGACCACGUGCUGCACACGCGUCUGCCGCUCGCGUGGCAGAUGGACAGCGACAUGCAGACGAACCUGGUGGAGGCAAUCAUCAGUCUCCUAAAAGAAGCCAAGCCGAUCAACUUGGAAGACCCGGACAGUUCGAUGGAGCUCAACAAAUCUCCGCUCAGCGUUCAACUUCCCGAUCCUAUUCCUGUCGAGGACCGACAGCUUCUUGGACGAUACGGUGUGUGGUUGAUGGUGGGUCUUUGUACCCCGAACCCGGACACGCCGGAUGAGCUGCUGGGUCGACUUCUGUCUGUGCUGUUCCAUUGGUUUCAUGUCACAUCUUUCUCGUACUCUGGGGAGACGGCUCAGACUGUGGAGAAGCUGAAGUGGGAGCACGUGUGCGGCUGGGUGCGUGCGCUGGCCGAGAGCCGUCGCCGAGUAGUGGUGUCGUGCCUGCUGCCGCACCCGCCGCAGCACACGCGCCACGCUGGCCACUGGGACACGCUGGCCUCGCGAGCCUGCCACCUGCGGGACGGUCUCGACAGGUUAUACUGCUUAAUUCCAUACGGCAUCAUCACACAGUCAAUAUGGGACUACAUCAUGCCCGCGUGGAUGGAAGCAAUAUGCACGGACGUCCCGGAAAAGGAGUUGAUGGAGUUAAAAGUUCCUGUUGCCAAGAUAUUGGAACCGGAUGGAACGACUGGUGUCGACGAGAGGAAUCUCUACAACUUUGCUACCCUCAAAGUGACGGACAAACCCAGACCGGAGACUGUGUUGCCAGUGUUGGAGUGGUUUCAGACGAUAUCCUUCCUAGAAGUGAAAAUCCCCCUGAGCCAGCUGUUCGAACUGUUCAGUCACUGUGUCAUCAACAUGCCCGAGACUACAUCCAAACCAACUUCAGAAAGCAGCCCGAAGGAAAAUGAGGCAGCAGAUUCGCCAAACGCGACCCAGAAAGAGAUAGAGAAUGACAAGCCGCAGAACUUGACGUGCUGUAUACUAAUGCUGGACAUACUGCUUAAACAGAUGGAGAUCCAGCGCUGCACCCUCAACGUGUCAACUGUAAGCAGCGAGGCGACUCGCCUUCUGCGGCUUAUGCUCAACUUCAACCGAGUGGAUACUCUGCAUCAUUGUACGUACACGGACACACACACACACAAACACACAAUGACAGAGGAGUCUGCAACGAUGGCAAAAUUGCUUGACUACUUCCAGUAAGGGACUUGGACCCACCAGCUGAUACCCGAAAUUUCGCCAUGGGUUAGCUGCAAGCAUGGAGAGAUUAACUACUACCUGACCCAGAUGAACUUUGGCCACGGAUGUGGCCUGCCUGGAUGUGACUGCCACAGAUUAAAACAUGCGGAUUUACAGAUUGGCCAAACUGCAUAGACGCAAUCGAAGAUGCGCAUCAUAUAUUCUUUAACUGCCCUCGAUACAUAACCGCACCAGGCACUAGGUACAAGAAUAACACCUAAUCAGAGUAAUGCUUACUUCUGAAGUAGCCUGGGAUACGACGAGUGUAUACGAUGCAAAGAUAAUCAAGCAUAGAUUGCGUAGGGCAUAGAGGUCGAGAAAAGCCACUGCAGAAAUUGUUAUUCUUAUUUUUAUUGGUGGUAGCAAAGGCAUAAUUCUCCCCCUGUGAAGAUUUCUUCAGCCAUUUGUCUCGCGGCGAUAGAUGGGGACUAGGGAGAUAGAAGAAGAGGCGAAUUUAGUCGGUAUUGGUCUUGACACUGAGCCCGACAUACCAGAUCAAUAUGACCACGGUCUUAUGAAACGUAAAAGUAUUGUUUAACUCAGAAAAAAACAGACACACACACACAACACACCCACACACCAUAAUAGACAUUUUUCGUAACAGGUAUCGGAAAUUUAAUAAGAAAUUAUAUAACAAAUUAAAUUUAGUUUGCUUCUGUA